GUAGACACAUCGACUGUUAAUACGUCCGUGGUUUUCAUCAUCUAGCCAGCUGCCGACAUGCCGGUUAGUGUGUAAGGCAGCUGGUACGCGAGUCACGUUGGGUAUUUCAUUGUUCAGAUCACGGUUUACGAUCCCGCUGUGCCGCCGUAACGUUCGAAUGUUUAAAAGACCGUUGCAGUUAUAGGUUAUCCGGGGUGGUACGGCAUAGCGUCGGUGUCGCGUCGGUAAACUACAAUUUUCGCCGCUGGGCGCGCAGUUCGGUUGACGGCUUGGCGACUUGUCGUUAUACGGAUUGCCGCGCAUUUCUGUUGUGGCGUCCGCCCGCCGUUGUUUGUCCGUCCCGUUUGCGGUCGUUUGUACGUCUCUCUUUUUUUUUUUUUUUUUUUUUUUUUUUUUUUUUUUUUUUCGGUUGGACGUGCCAUUCGGCUCGACAUAUCAACAGGUAAGUGAGUCACGCGGCAUAGUAGCUGUAUAUUUUUUGUUACUUUCAUAGGUUUCUAAGCUGAUUUUUUCGUUCGAUUGCUUAACAGGUAUUUUGUCGACGGUACCUUCCUUGUUUUUAAAAUGUUUAUUAAAAUCCGUUCAGUUGGCCUGGAGGAAAAAAACAACACAUUCGAAGUGUCGAGAACUUUAAAAGUUCUAGAUUUAAAACAAAUCAUUUGUCAACGGCUGAAAAUCGAACCGGACGUACAACGUUUGUUUUUCUGCGGAAAACAGGUAAAAACAACCGCUACGACUGCACCAUUCAAUUGUGUUUGGGUCUCGUGCGCCCAAAAUGCCUAUAAAUAUAGUUAUGGUUAAGUUUACUCAUUGCUGUGUACUAUGUGUGCGUCACUAUUAUUGUUAAAUGUGUUUGGCAUUGGCGUUCGCAAUAUUUUAGCAAAAAGCUAUUUUCAACAGUUGUAACUUUUAUUGAUUCAUUGAUUCACCCGUUCAUGAAGUUUAGAAUAAUGGUUUCUAGAAAGCGUGUUUAUUAUGGCUUUACCCAAUUGCUUGCCCUAACAAAAAAGUGAGACCUUUUUCGUUAGGGCAGGCUAAAUAUAUGUAGGUACAUGAUUAACAAUAUUUACUACCUACAUCUUUCAAUGAAAUUGCUAAUGCAAUAACAUGCAGCGAUAUAUAGACAAUUGAAUUUAAUCGGCAUUUCACUAUCCUAAAUUAUUCAAUAUUCAUUAUUAUUAUGUUGAAUUAAUUUCAAUUUAGUUCCUAUGAAUUGUAUUAAAUAAAUGAUUACCUAACAAUCAGAAAAAAAAAAAUUAAUAUCAAUGGGGAGCGCGUAAAAUAUUGGAAAAUAUUUUGUCGGAACUGUAUAUUUCAGAAAAUAAUUGUUACCCAACGACAAUAAUAUGCAAUCACGUAGUGCUUAUGAUGGAAUUAUGCUAAACAGUUACGACAAAAUACUUUUCAAUGAAUUAUUUUUCUAACAAAAUACUUUCUAACGAAUUAUAGGCCUCUAUAUUAAUGUUACAAGGGUAUUAAUUAAUAGGGUAAUGGUAUCUUUGACAAUUUAAUAGUUAUAUUGUGAAUAUUUGAAUCAAUGUAUUUUAUUAUAACACCAAAUUAAGUCUUAAACUAUUUAAUGCAAUUUUUUUUUCUAUAGAACCAUUAAUUGUAUUUUUAUGAAUUAGGAUAAACAAUUCUAUUUUUUGGCAUAAAAAGCCAAUGUAUAGCCAAUGAAUGUACCAAUUUCUGGCCCUUUUUUAAAUUAUUAAAUUAAUAUUAUUUUGUUUUUGAAGAUAGCAACAAGAUCCCUACAUAAUUUUAAAUACUAAUAAUUUGUUAUAUUGAUUUUCUCAGUCUCAUGAAAAAGGUACAUGUUUUUUCGUCUGUCGCUGCACAUUUUCCAUCACUUUUGUCUGUCUGGUUAGAAUAUUACGCGGUAAGAAGUGGGAGUAAUUCGGCCUUUGUGCUCUCGCUAAUGCACAGACCGUGUACCUUCUCUUAUGAGAUUGAGUAUAAUUGAUAAACACUAAUUUAAUUUUAAUUCUGGAUCUUAACGUAUGUAAUAUAUUAAUUGUCAACGGCAUGUAACUGCCAAAAACUGGUACUAUUACUAUAUAGGUAUCUGUAAUAGGCAUCUUAACCAAUAUAAGUUGAUAUUUUUUAGAGUUAAUAGACAAAACAAAUAUUUUUAAGAGUUUGAAUUUAUUGUUGCAUAGUUGUAUAAAAAAACAUCAUUUGAAAAUAGUAUCUAUUCAAUAUUAAUAUAUUUAGAGGAGAUGAUGUAUGAUAUGUUUUUUCCUUCAAUAAAUAUUUGAUCGUGUGUUAAAAUUCUAAAAUUGUAUAAUCUAAGAUAGUUAAGUAAUUUUUGAUUAGAUAAUUUAAAUAUAAAUUAUUUUUAUAAUUUAAAGAAAAAAUUUAAGAGUAUUUUAAUAAUAUGGUUUAUGUAUGUACCCAAUGUACCAAAAUAAUUCAUAUUUAUCCAAAGUAUAACAAGGACUGCACCUUUUUUUUCUUUUAAAUAACUAAUAUGUAAAACAUUUCAUUAUUCCAAUUGUGCUUCCGUUUAAAGCUGAUUAUAUUCAAUUCAUAAAUUAUAAUCAAAUUAUAUUUCAUACAUAAACUAUAAUCGGUUAUAUUUGAUACAUAAAUUGUAAUUAUUGAUACUAUUAAAAUCUAUUAAUAAUCAACCUAGAUUAUAUUUAUAUUUAUUUAUAAAUACCCGGUGAGUAUAUUAUGCGGAAAAAAAUACAUACAUACAAGGUAAUAUAGUUAUUUGUAAAAUUAAAAAUAUCCUCUCUGCUCUACAUGUAAACCUACAUUUAGACAAAUUAUGGAAUGAUUUUAGUUAAGGGACAUAGUGAUUUUUGAAAAAAGAAAACCCAUACUUCUUAAUUUUCUUUGCUUGAACUGUAAAAGAAAAAAAAACAUGCCUGAACCUUUUCUAUUUGCUAUAUGUAUGUCUCUUUGAGUAUAAACUAACCAUAUUAUUGUAGGUAUAUACCAUUAUAAGGUAUUAGGCUUGGUCAAAGUCUGAUGUAUUACAGCAGAUAAAAUCUAACUACUUAUGUAAUUGUAAAAUGCUCUGCAAGUAAUGAGUUUAAUCAAUGUUAUUAUUAAAAGAUUAUAAAAGAUCAAAAAUCUAAAUCCCAAGUUUCCUGCCUACUCUACCAAGUGAUUCAUUUAAGUGGGUACAUUCAUUAUCUUAAAAGUAUUAACUUUUUUUGGAAUUUGUUUUCUAAAACAUUUAAGAAACAAGCUGCUCUACAAUUUUAUAUUUGUGUUAUUUUUUUCACCAUUAUUUUUGGGGGUAAAACCACUAUCUACAUUUGAUUUUCAAAAGGCAACCUAUAUUAAAAAAUCCAUAAAUAGAUUGAGUAUUAUUUAAAAAAAAAUUUGAUUGUUAAAAUUUUUAAUUUCUGUCUAGCUGUUGACGAGAUAUUCUACUUUUAAGUUUAGGUUUGAGGGGAGUAGUGGUGUAUUAUUAACAUGCCGUGCGUAGUACCGCCACACAAAUGAUUUAGUAUUAUUAAAAAUGUAAAACAUAUUACCCAUACAAUUAAAGUUAAAAUUAUGUAUUUGUACCUGUUAAACAUUUAUGAAUUAUUACGUUUUAGUUGGAGAAUAAUUAUACAUUAUUUGACUAUAACAUUAACCAAACCUCGGUCAUUCAAUUGGUGGUUAGAGAACCACCUGUCAAUCAAAGUGGUAUUGAGAAAAAAUCUUUACCUAAUAGUACGGAAGAAGAGCCAUGCUGCUCUUCAGCUACCAGUUCAACAAGUGAUGUAAUAAAUAUUUAUACAGAAGUAAAUUUAUAAUUCACUAUAAAAUAUGAUUUUGUUUUUAUAGGAAAGAACAGAAGAUAAGUCUGAGGAAAGUUGUUAUUUUAAAAUUGGAGAUUAUGUUGAUGUAAAAGAUAGUGAUUGCGGAUUUUGGUUAAUUGGAAAAUUACUCAAGAUAAAAAAAGAUACUAAAACUGUUAACUUACAGGAUCCUAAUAGUCCAGUGCAAAAUGAUGGACUUAUAUACGUUGUUGGGUUCUAUCAGUGUGUUUUUACUUUUUAGAUUUUACAAAUAAAUAUUGUUUUAUGUAAUACAAAUAUGUAUCUUAUAUGUUUACUUAGGGUUUCUGAAACUACUGAAGUAAAUUUACAAGCAAUCAGACCACAUGCUUCGGAAAAAAUUGAUUUUGGCAGGGUGACGCCUGGCAAUAAGUUGCUUAUGAACUAUAAUAUAGAAUAUCCAAAAGAACGCGGCUAUUGGUAUGAUGUAAUAGUAAAAGAGGUAAAAACUUCUAGGAGAUGCAAUGAAGUCAUUGGGGAUAUAAUUGUUGGAAUUGGUAAAGCUGUAUUAAAGAAUUGCCAUUUGACAUUUGUGGAUGAAAUUUAUACAUUAAAACCCUAUACGCUACUUGUAAAUAGGACCUCAGAAGAUGAUAAAAUGAUGCAAAUGGAGCCAGUUAUGAGUAAUUAUUUUGAUAAUUAGAUUACAUAUUAUCAAUUGUAAAAUAUCUUCAAAGCUUUUACUAUGUACAAUUUUUGCUGCUUACACACAUGUCUACAGUCUGCUUUAUUCAAUUGGGUGAUUUUUGCAAGACUUAAUUUUAUCUAUCUUGUGUAUAUUUGGCUUUCAGUCCUAAUUUGCCUCAGUCUCUGUUAAAAUUUGUUAGUAAUAUUUUUCAAUCUCCAUAUAAGGUAGGUCCAUUAUAAUCUUGCUUUUCAAAUAUUCAUUGAUAAUGGGUAUUUCUUAAUUUCUUAGUUUUUUCAUUUUAUUAGACUUAUUUCCUUUGGUUACUGACCAAUUAAAAGUUAUUUGAUUGACUUCUUUAUAGGAGUUGAAACUUAAGGCGCCCAGUAGUUUUUUUUGUUCAGAAAAAUAUAUUCUAUUAAAAAAGUGAUACACUUCAGUAAAAUCUGCCAAUUUUUUUUAAAAUGUAUUGUUGAAAAUAUUCUUAAGACCAUGUUGAACUUGGUUGUUCAAUUUUUUAUUCUCAAUAUUUAAAAUAAUAUAAUAUAAAUUUUUUUCCAUUAUUUGAAAUCUGAAUUUAAAAAAAAAAAACAGUUCAAUGCAAUUUGUAGAAUUUUUUUGUUUAUCAAUAUUCAAAAAUGUUUAUGAAAACAUUGAAUUUACAAUGAGUUAUUAUUAUUUCUGCGAAGUAAUUUUUUUCAGUAAAAACUGCAUCAUCAUUUCUCCCUAAAUAGUAGUAGAUCGGUUGGAAAAUCUUAUAUUUAAGAUGGUAAUUAAAAUUUUAUAAUGUUAAAAUGUAUAAUUUCCCAUGAUUCCAAUAACAAUUGAAAAAAAUUGAAUAUUAAAAUUGAUUUUUUUAAUAUAGGAGCUGCUCCUUUGUAUUGUAUUGCUUGCAAGGAUAAUUUAAAGAAAUGUUGUAAAGAAUGUGGUUGUCGCAUUUGUGGUGGCAAGGACAAUGAAGACCGUCAAAUAAUGUGUGAUGAAUGUGAUCAUCCGUAUCACAUGUUGUGUCUUGAUCCACCUAUGGAGGCAAUUCCUGAAGACGACAAUUGGUUAGUGAAUUUUUAAUAUUAUGUUUACAAUUGUUUAUUUAGUGAGGUGAAUAUAAAUUAUAAUAUGUCUCAGGUACUGUCCUACUUGUAAAACUGAUGAAAAUAUUAUUGUUGGAGCUGGACAAGAAUUAAAAAAUGUAAAGAUAAAGAAAUCUAACUCGAAUCGUGAUUGGGGUAAGGGUUAUGCAUGUGUUGGUAGAGCAAAAAUAUGCAAUAUUGUACCAAUACACCAUUUUGGUCCUAUUCCCGGUAUUGAAGUUGGGACUUCUUGGCUUUUUCGGUUGCAAGUAAGUUUUGGAAAAACCAUUGCUUGAACAUAUUAAAUUGUAAAAUUUAUACCACUAUUACUUAGGCAUCGGAAAGCGGUGUUCAUCGUCCUUCUGUGGGAGGAAUACACGGUCGAGAUAAAGUUGGAGCUUUUAGUAUCGUCUUUAGUGGGGGAUAUGAAGACGAUGUUGACUAUGGUGAAGAGUUUUUGUAUACUGGUUCUGGUGGGAGGCAAUUAAAAACUGAAAACAAACGAACGGCAAAUCAAAGUUUUGACCAAGAACUAACACGGUCUAACAGGUAUUACUGACAAUAUUACUGAAAAUUAUUAAUCACCUUGUUUGAAUAUAUGUAAUUAUUAAAAUACUUAUUUGUAGAGCAUUAGCAAUAAAUUGCAAUGCAGAAUUGGAUGACGUAAAUGGAGCUGAAGCAAAGAAUUGGAAAGAAGGCAAACCUGUGAGAGUUUUAAGGAGUAGUAGAUCAAAACACUCAAAAUUUGCUCCAGAGUUGGGAUAUAGGUAGGAAUCAAAAGUUUUAAGAAUUUUUUUUAUAUGUAAAGCUUUUUUCAUCGUUUUCAUCCAAAUUAUUUGAGGGGUUGGCCACCUACAGUAAAAACUUCCACUUGAUCAAUCUUUUUAUUGUAAAAUUAUAAUAAUAAUUUAAAUUGUGCAAACAAACAAUAAUAUUUUAAAAACCAACAUUAUAUAAUUAGAAAUAACAAUGAAACCUGAUUUUUUAAAAUUUACCCCUAUUUUAUAGGUAUGAUGGUAUUUACAAAGUUGUAAAGUACUACCCAGCACGUGGGUUAUCUGGUUUCAAUGUAUGGCGGUUUGUAUUAAGGCGGGAUGAUAUAGUACCGGCUCCAUGGACUAAAAAAGGGAAAGAAAGGAUAAUUAAACAUAAUCUUAAAAUAAUCGUAAGUCGUGUUAAAAAAAAAUUAUAAUUUAAAUUAGGCAUAUUAAAUAUUAUUUUAAUGUAAUUUGUAUAAGUAUCCUGAAAAUUAUGAAGAAAAAAUAUCAAGUUCUAAAGGGAAAAGGGCCUUAACAGAAAAUUUUGAAAGUAAUGAGCCUAAAAGCGGUCCAUCAAAAAUAGAAGGCAAUACGGGUAGGAUGAAUAAGAAGAUUAGAAUUACAUAUGAACUUGAACCAGAAUUAAAAGAUCUUAUUGCAUCUGAUACAGUAAAUAAAAAAUAUUGGGUUGAAUGUAAGGAUGUUUUGGUUAAUGGAAAAAAAGUAAGUAUUCUAUUUACUUAUUUUUCUUGUAACUACAUUAAUGGGUUUUGUUCAUUUGCUAUUAUAAAUGUUGUGUAGGUAUUUUUGGAGAAAGUAGAAGAAACUUUUAAGUGUGCGUGUUGUCAAGAUAUUGUUUUUAACCCAAUAACAACAAAGUGCAAACACAAUAUUUGCAAAGUAAGUAAUAAACAUGCAAUUUUUUUCUUUAAUUUUUAUUAAAUAAAAGACUGACAUACUUUGCAUGAUUUAUUGAGUCAGUUGUCAGUGUGUAGUAGGGAAGGAAUCCCUUCUAGAUAUAGAAGGGAAGUUAAUGUUUAUUUUUACGCGUUGAUUAAUUAUUAAUUAUCUUUUGUAUUAGUAAUAACUAAUACAAAAGAUUCUGAGCAAAGUUCAGUUAAAUGUGUUUUGAAAGUCUGUAAUAUUUACUAUUUUCUUCAAAUUUAACAUUAAAAUAAUAAAAAUAAAAAUUCUGUAUUACACUCAAUUUUUAUUUUAUCACAAAACACUACUUAUAAUGAAUCCUUUGUUAAAUUUUCAAACUUUUCUGUGUGAUCUAACAAUUUUAUCCAUAGAGCAACUACCAAAACUAUGAUCAUUUUAAACGGAAUUGCAACAAAAAACUUAACUGAAUUAAAUACAUUUUGUAAAUUUUCUUCCCGGUUUUUUGUAUUUGUUAAAAAAAUUUCUUGACAAAUCAUAUAUCCUGCUCACAGAAAAAUAAAAUAAAUAUAUUUAUCUCUUUGCUCAGAAUCGAAUUCAGUAGGUACAAUUUAAUAUUAAUUUUUUUUUUUUUUUUAGAAUUGUCUACAAAGGUCAUUUGCCCUUAAAGUGUUUCAAUGUCCAUGGUGUAGAACUGAUCUGGACAAGAAUUGCUCCAUGAACGUAAACAAAAAAUUGGCUAGCACAUUGUUGUUCUUAUUCCCAGGAUAUAACACAGAUCGUUAAUAAGCUUUUAACUAUAAAAUACCUUUGAUUGAUUUUUGUGAAUGUAAAAAAUAAUAUUUUAUUGGUGUAAAUAAUAUGCGCUUUAAAAUAAGACUAAAUUGUUUUAAUUAUUUUAAAAUUAUUUCUUUUAAUUUAAAUUCUCAUAUUAGUUUUGAUGUAUUAAACUAUUUUAUUUUAAUUAGUAAACUUAAUUAUAAUUUUUUUUAUUACUAUUACUAUUCCACUACUUAUUUGUAUUUUAUUAAUAAAAAACUAUUCGUUUAUAUUCAUUUUAAUUUAAUUUACAAUAUUUCUUUGUGAUUGUAUUCAUAAAAUCUUAGCUUUAAACUGUAACUUUAAUUGUCUUUGAUUGGUUUUGU